AUGGACGUGUCGAGGGACUUCUUCGGUAAGCUGCGCGCCCUAGCCCUCACGCUGGAGAAGGAGGCGAGGCAGCUCGAGCGGGCCCUACGCAGAGAGGACACGGUCUAUGAAGAUGAAUCUCCAGUAAGAGUCUUACAUGACCUCCAUUGUGAAAUCAGGACUCUGAAGGAAGAUGUUAAUGCCAGUCUUGGUAAGAGUUGCUCUGAAAAACAAGCAAUUAAUGACUUUAUGAAGGCAAGUGAAAUAUUGAUGCAAAGAAAUGCAGCAGAUCUUGGAAAAAUAAGAGAGCUGUUCCAGAAAUAUGGCUACAAACCACAUGUUAAAGACUCUACAGAAGAGGAGGAAGAAGUUAACAGUGAUUCGAAGGUGUCUGUCCAGAAUAAAUCUGAUGCAGAAAAAGCAGACAAUGUACCUCAUCUUCCUGCUUGUACUGAGAAGCCACUGGUGCCCAAAGACCCACUGCGUAACCCCCAGCUUUCUGAUUUUGGUCUUUCACAAUAUGCUUUCUCCAGGCCUUGGAGUGCAGUGAAAGGACAACACGCAACAAAUGCAUAUCGAGAAAAUUCAAAGGACAGGACUCCACUAAAAACACAGACGCCCCGUAUUUUGCCCAAAACACCAAAAUGUAUGCUAAAGAUGGACGAUUAUGAGUGUGUAACACCAAAACUUGAACAUUUUGGCAUUAGUGAGCAUACCAUGUGUAUGAAUGAAGAUUAUACGAUGUCACUUAUUCGUAAAACUGCUCAGACAAGCAAGAAGUUGGUUAAAAAAGAUGAUCAUGAAGUGAGUGUACGAGAAAAGACAUCCAGGGAAAUCAUGGUUACUCCUGGGCUAAAACCAAAAGUGACAGAGAAUGCAGCUGAGUGGAUGGCUUCUCCUAUGAUACUUGUGUUCUGUACUCCUGAUGUGAAAAACCCUUCCAGAACAAAUAGUACAGUAUUAUCAAGGUCACCAGAGACAAAUGAACUGCCUCUUCCCAGUCAUACAGGAACACCACAGUUUCCAGAUUUUGAAACAAGAUGGCUAAAAACAGAAGCUAAGGUACAGGGGGAAAAGAUUGAGUUGGUGACUAAGAAUGAUGCAGCAGAUAAACAAUACGUAGAAGAUAGCAUUCCUUUUGCUGUGAGCUCUGAUGAGUAUCUUAAACGUUUUGGAGACCCUUCUCCUCCCAAAAUAAAACACUAUGACCAGUUACUCAAUACUCCUCCACCUCCAGAAAUAACAAGGAUACCAGAUGAUGUUCUACAGAUUCUGUCCAAGUAUAAUCAUAAAGUAGACUCUUCUAAAGCCAAGGAAAGGGAGACCAAGGCAGGAAAUACUACAAGAUAUGAAAGUGAUUUCACUGAUUACUGCAACAAAGAGAACAGAUCAGUGUUCUCACGCAGGUGGCUGUGUGGCCAUCUGAUACACUGCACAAGUUCAAAUACUGGAACAACCAAGGAUGUAGCCACGGGGCUGGAGGAGGGUAAAACUCCACUUAAGCCAGUAUCGCUGCUGAAUGAAAGGCUCCUCCCGCUGUGCACGAAAGAAAUAUAA